UCUAGCGACAGUUCUGUAGUUCUGACAAAGCAUUGAUUUGCCGUGAAAUGUGUUGUUAUUGUUGAGAGCAGUUAGUAGGAAUCUAGAAUUAAAGUUAAUAUAGUUUAGCGAACAGUGAAAUGAAAUUAUAGAAUGGUAGUGUGAAGUUUCCACACUGAUUUUUUAAAAAAGUAUCUGAAUAUUUUGAUCGAUCCAUGAAUAGAGAAAAAGAGACGGAAAAAGUUUGAGUUCAAAAGAAGAAGAAAAUACCUUGUGUAGCCUAUAUUUUAUGUGGAAUGGGAAGAAGAGUUGUAAUAGCUUAUGAAACAACUUGGAAUGCUGCAGAAAUGCCUUCUUUCUGCCAAGAAAUACGAUGAAACUUCUCAGCAAGCGAUGCCAUGGUUCAUGCGAGACCCGCCUGGCCUGCCCCUUGGAGGGGGAAUGUCAACCUAACAGAAACGAUACCGGGAUCUCCAUGUCAAAAACGAUAGUUCGGCUGCUCUAUUCAACUCGUAACGCUAAUGCCUUGUCGCCGAAAAGUCGAGCUGAAAGGAAGAAAGCGCUGACUCUUGCCGCGGUUCGACUGAAACUUGAAAAAUUUAGAUAUCAUCAUGACCCAAAGUCUUCUGCACGGUAAGAGGUUUUUCUGCAGAGAAUGGGCUUUCGCCAAGAUUGGUCAUUGCCUGGAGAAUCGGUCGUCGUCCAAAACAUGUGGAACUUUGAUUACUGGAGGUCCAGGUUCAGGCAAGACGGCUUUAUGCUGUGAAUUGGUUUGGCCCACAAAUAUUCAGGGGAAGCAGAAUUUGUUAAGCAAGAGACUGUUGGCUUACCACUUCUGUCAAGCCCAUGAUGUCAAUAGUCUUUCCCUUUCCUUUUUCAUCAACAGUAUCAUUAGUCAGUUAGCAGCUUCGCCCUUAAUCAAUGGCUACAGUGAUAGAAUCAAAAGUCCAGAAAUCGAAGCAGCGCUUCAGUUAUCUGAAUGUGAGCGAAAUCCUGACGAAGCUUUCAAAAAAGGUGUUCUUUUCCCUCUUCUUGAAAUUGAUCCUCCGAGUCAGUCUUGCUUUAUUCUAGUAGAUUCUGUUGACCAAUCUAUCUUUAGUGUUGUUGGUGAUAGAAAUGGAGGCAACAGUCGAAGCAUUGCAGAAUUGUUGUCGAAUUACCAUCACUUGUUUCCAAGGUGGCUUCUUCUUGUUUGCUCUUCAAGGAAACAAAGUAAAAGUGUUACUAGGAUGUUCACUGGAUUUCGGAAAAUCAGCUUGGAUGAUUUGAGAAAGUCUCAUGUUGUUCGAGACGUUCAACAGUAUAUAUUAUGCAGGCUGGAUCAAGAAGAAGCUCUUCGACAGCAUUUGAGCAGAGAAACUGCAGAAAUGUUAAACCAGCUUCACAUCAAAAGCAAUGGCUGUUUUAUGUAUCUAGAGAAGGUGUUAGAUGGUGUUGGUGAGAAUUUCAUUAUGCUGAGAGAAAUUCGAGAAAUACCUGGUACCUUAAAUGGUCUUUAUCUUUGGUUGUGUCAAAGACUGUUUGUUCGAAAGCAAUUCAACAAAGUACAAGCUAUCUUGAAUGUAAUUCUUGCUUCUAGGAAGCCUUUAACUGAAGAAGUAUUAUUUCAAUGUGUGUGGACACGAAAUACUAAUUUAACUUGGGAAGAUUAUCAAAAGCGAUUAGGCCUUUUAUCAAAAAUUCUUAUUGAAGGGAAAGGAGGAACCAAAAUAUUGUUUCACCACAGUUUUGCUGAAUGGCUGCUUGAUGUAAAACAUUGUACUCAAAAAUAUUUGUGCCAUGCGAAAGAUGGACAUUGCAUGAUUGCCAUGAGAUACACUGUUGCUUCACCUCAUUUGACUUCUGAAGAAAUUUUGGACUUCGCUUUGCAUUUAAGUAAAAUUCCUUUGAAUACAACUCUGCAGUAUCAUCAUUUAACAUUGUGGCUAAUGCAUUGUAACUUACCGCUUGAAAACUGUCUUUCUAAAACUUCGAUUCCCAAAGAUCCGUUAACUGUUAAACUUCUAGUCAGUGCUGGUGCCCUACUGCCAACUGGAGAUGCCAUCAAAGAUAGUAGUCCCAAGGUACCCGAUGAUCCCUUGAAAGCUUUGCUCUCCAUUGGCGGAGACAUAAAUCAAAUAGAUAAUAGUCAACGGACAUUACUCCAUCGUUCCUGUCAUGAAGGAAUUGAUAAUCUUGUGUCCAGGCUUAUUGAAAAAGGGGCCAAUUUGGAAGCAAUUGAUAAAAAUGGACAAACACCUAUUAAUCUCGCUGCUCGUCAGGGUCACAGUCGAAUUGUUGAAAUGUUAUUGAAAGCUGGCGCAGAUCCCGAUCAUGCUGAUAACGAUGGUUGGACACCUUUAAGAUCUUCUGCUUGGGCUGGUCAUACAGAGGUUGUAAAUGUAUUGUUAGAAAAUGGAGCUCAAGUAGAUCUGGCAGAUGCUGACCAUAGGACAGCUCUUCGGGCUGCUGCAUGGGGUGGCCAUGAAGAAAUAGUAUCCCGUCUAUUAUCUCAUGGAGCAUGUGUGAAUAAAGUAGACAAUGAAGGCCGCACAGCUCUGAUUGCAGCAGCUUACAUGGGGCAUACUGAGAUUGUGCAACAACUGCUUGACCAUGAUGCAGAAAUCAAUCAUGAAGAUAAUGAUGGUAGAACAGCUCUUUCUGUUGCGUCUCUGUGUGUUCCUGCUUCAGAAGGCCAUGCACGAGUAGUUAGUUUGCUGCUGGAGAGGGGAGCUGAAGUAGAUCAUCGUGAUAAGGAUGGAAUGACACCACUUUUGGUUGCAGCAUUUGAAGGACAUAGUGAGGUUUGUGAAUUACUAUUGGAAAAUGAAGCUGAUGUAGAUCAUGCAGAUAACAAUGGGCGAACACCUUUAGUUGCUGCUGCUUCGAUGGGUUAUUCCUCAGUGGUUAGAUUAUUGUUGUUCUGGGGUGCAGCUGUUGAUACAAUUGAUACGGAAGGACGUACUGUUUUAUCUAUUGCUGCUGCUCAAGGAGAUCCAGAUACUGUUCGGCAGUUAUUGGACCGAGGUUUAGAUGAAAUGCAUCGGGAUAAUGGUGGAUGGACUCCUCUUCAUUAUGCAGCUUUUGAAGGACAUAUUGAAGCUUGUGAAUUGCUAUUGGAAGCUGGGGCUAAAAUAACAGAAAUCGAUAAUGAUGGAAGAGUUCCUUUAAUCCUUGCUGCACAAGAAGGACAUACUGAACUAGUGAGAAAGUUACUAGAACAAGCCCCUUCUAUGGUUGAUUGCCGUGCCCAUGAUGGCAAGACAGCAUUAAGAAUUGCAACAUUGGAAGGGCACAAAGAAACAGUUCAAUUAUUGAUAUAUCAUGGGGCCGAUCUGAAUUACAAAGAUGCUGAUGGCCGAUCAACUCUGUAUCUAUUAGCUCUUGAAAAUCGUACAGAAAUGUCAGAAUUUUUGCUAUCUCAAGGAGCUGAUGUGGAAGCUCGUGAUUUAGAAGGUCGCACAGCCCUUCAUGUCUCAGCCUGGCAGGGUCAUACAGAUAUGGUUGAACUGCUUUUAAAUCAUGGUGCUGAUGUUAAUGCUAUUGAUAAUGACUACCGUACUGCUUUGCAGUCUGCUGCCUGGCAGGGACAUGUCACUGUAGUGAGACUGCUUCUUGAAAGAAAUGCCAUUGUUGAUCACGUUUGUAAUCAAGGUGCGACUGCUCUUUGCAUUGCAGCUCAAGAGGGCCAUUUGGAAGUUGUUAAAGUGUUGCUGGAAUAUGGUGCUGAUCCAAAUCAUGCUGAUCAGUUUGGAAGAAAUCCUAUUAGGGUCGCCACUAAAGGUGGACAUGAAAAUGUAAUAAGUCUUCUUGAAGAAUACAUGGCAAAUCUUCAAGAAAGCAGAAAUGUGAAUAAUUUCUCUGGUAGUGUUAGUACAACAUCUCUGACGUCAGCUUCAACUGCUGAAACAAAACCUAGCAGUGCUAUUUUAUGCCAACCAGGAGUUGCAGCUCCAUCUCCAGUGGAAUCUCCAGAAUCAACUGUUGACAAAAGGCGCUCUUUCAUCUCAAAUCAAUCGUCAUCAAAAUCUUCUAGUAAUUUGACAAACUCUACUAACAAAUCUACUUCUAAAAGCCAUUCUCAACCUCAGCAACAGCAGUCUCAUCAAGCCAGUCAGGAUGAGGUUUCCGAUUUGCCAACUUCUUCAAGCAUCCAUAACAGCAAGAGAGGUUCUCCCAUGACUUUCACACAACAACUUCAACAGUGUACUAGAAAUAGAAAUCGUAUUAGUCGAUUGCUUUCUCCUUUAAGUGAACCUCACAGUCCUGUACUUAGUCCACCACAAAGCCCAUUAAGUGAUGUGCAAGGUCAGCGACUAUCACCUGUCCAGAUGACCAGUCCUCAAGGUGGACCUGGUGCUCCUCAUUCAACUCAUGUACCUAUUGUAAUAUCUUCUGUGACUCAGGAGACAACCAAUAAUAGCAAACAGUCUCAUUUACCUCGACGUAUAUCUGGGAGCAGUGGUCCCAUAGAUUCCAUUCAUCCUAUUCCAAGACCCACCGAACCACGCAUACGGCGAAAUGGAAUAGUUACCAAUCCUAAUUACAAAGGUAAUAAUGUGCUGUCUGCUGUUCCAGUUAAAAGUAAUUCUAUCAAGCAAGUUACUAAUAUUGCCAUAAAUAAUCACUCUGGACAAUUAAUAAACAAGCAUGUUUCACAAUAUGAUGAAUCUGUGAAACCAAAUGUGUUACCCUUUAAGAAAGAAACUCAUUUAUAACAAAAUUACCAGACAAAAGUAAUGAAAUCAUAUACAGUUAACCAAGCUGCUUUCCAAAAGACGCUCAAGUUGUUAUGUGUCUUAUCAUUGCUUCAUAUUGUAAUAAAAAUAUGAUAUAAAGCUAGAAAAACCGAAAAAUAUGUAUAUAUUUACUGCAGAAGUAUCAAAAAAUAAUUUGGCUAUUAAAGAAAGAUUAAGUUAGAAGUUCAUUUAAAAUCCAUUACAAUAGAAGUUAGUUCCUUUAUAUAUAUGUAUGUGUAUGUGUUGAAACAUGUUUCUACCUAUAACUGAUACUAGUUAUGUAUUUGUACUUUUGAUUCCUUCCUUUAAAUUGAUAAAUGGCUGUUUUCUGUGUUGAUUAAUUUCAGUAAAUACUCGGCAAAAAAAUUCAUUAUUUCAGAAGAACAAUUUUUUUCGGUUUUUAAUUAAUAUCAUACUAUCGGAGAGCUUAAUUGUAAAUUAUUUUUAAAGCUUCUUGUAAUCUUAAUAAUUAGGCCUUUGCAAAUAAAAUGCAAUAUGUGACAAUCCUAUAUCAUAUUUCUUGGUUUAUCUGACUUUAUAUGUAAAAUAUCUCGCAACAUGCAUAGAAAGGGCUACAAGAUGCUUUUAAAAUUAUUUAUUAGUAGACUCUAUUGCAGCAUAAAAUAUCUUUAAAAAGAAACUGAAUUUAUUUAUAUAACUAGUCUAUUAAAAAGUAUACAAUGCAUGCAACAUUCAUAGUUGGAUCAAUUGAGACUCGGCUGAAACUGUUGGUUUCGUGGGAUGAAAACUCGAAAACGUCUGAAAAGCAAUCAGUGAAGAACAUUAUUUAUGAUUUUAAAUAAUCUACUAGUCAAUGGACUUUUUUCAUUUUUAGCUCAGUUAUGUAAUUUAGCUUUUGUAUUUUUUUUUUUUUUUUUUUUUUUUUUUUUUUUUUGUGAAUGAAAUUUCGUUAUUAUUAUUACGUCGUUAUUGUAUUAUCUUUUCCUCUAGGUAUAUUUUUACUUUAUUCUAUUAUUAAGAAAGUCGCAGAAGUUAAAAUAUUCUUAUUGCAUUUUUAUAUGCUCAAAAAUAAUUUUACUUAAAAUUUUAAUUAUCAUUUUAUUGAAAUUUUUCACUAGUUAAUAUAUGCUAAAUUUUGAAAUUUUAAAACCUCAAAACAAUACCAGUUUCGUUACUUGUAUUUUUUAAAGAGUUUGUGCGUGAUUAUGAAAUCGUAUUCAUUUUUCCCCCCUUAAUGGUAAUGAAUUAUUACACUAUCUUUUACAUAUACAAAGAUAAUUUAUGUGCAAUGAUUUUUAGAUUUUUAAACUCGUGAAUGUUAACAAUUUUAGUUAUUAUUCUGGAAAGUUUGCAGUAUUAAAAAAAAGCAUCUAGAUUAAGAUCAAAUAAAAAAUAUAUUUUUAUGGGGAAAAAAUACAAUUACUUUUAUAUUUACUACAGAGUUUGAUUUUCAGUAACCGCAAACUGUUUAUUGACUAUGUGCAAUGUUUUGAUGGCCUGUUAUACAAAUUGCCAAAUCCUAUUUAAUAAAAUUAAUUUCCUUUAUUUGAAAAAUUUAAUUUUCAAUCAUUUUUUAAUUGCUGUAUUUUAGGAAUAUUAUCCAGAUUGAUGAAAUCUGACUAUUUCGUUUAGUUUUAAAAAAUUGAAUGAAUUAUGAAUUUCUUUUUUAUUCUCUUAUUUUCUCUAACCAUAGUUCAUUAUUUCAUCUGAAUAACAUGAAAUAUGUUUUUGAUGCAUUGUAACUUUCAAAGCACGCACAUUUGGAAGCACAUUUUUUCCAUGUUCUCUUGUUUCAGAUCUGUGCAUCAUGAAAAAGGAACCUGUUAUAUUUUUGGAAUGUAUAUAUAUAUUAUGAUAAAAAAAGCUCAUGUGUAAAGUGUAUAUUAAUUGCACGCUUAAAAAAAAAUAAGUGGUGUCCUCUUCAGCAAGUCAUAAGAGAUCCAUCCCAUGAUUACCUAUUUCAACUGAUUCUUUAAGCUUAGCAACUUUUUGGUUUUAGGAAGAAGUAAUUUCGUGUUUGACCAUUUUGCUGCUAUGUAACUACUUGUGUUGUUGUAUUGGUUGUGAAAAUAGGCGUAGUGAUUGCCUGGUUUCCAUUUAAAAAAAUCGCAGCAUAUCCUUUGUAUAUAAAUCAAUAGUACUUUGUACACGAUGUAUAACAAUAGUAAACUUUGUACACGAUACCAUUAUAAUACUGAUAUUUUAGAACUUUUCAAGAUUUCUAUAGAAAGAUUAUUUUAGAAAGGGUACAGUAUUCAUUUCAAUUUUAAAUAAAUACCUUUGUACCUUCCAAGGAUUUUUUUUUUUUUUUUUCUAAUUUGAACUUUAAACUAUUAUUUUUAAAUUGGUUCAUUUUUAUUUUAUUUAUUUAAUUAUUAUUUUAGAUUCUUUCAAACAGCCAAGUUAUAUUUUUUUCCAUUCGAUUUGUGUAUGAAGUGAUUCUUUACAAGACAUAAUUCUACUCUUUUCGAGAAUCCUUGUACGAUUUAUACAUAUUCCAUAGUAGCUUUUGCUCAGAAAACAAAAACUGGACUGUUAUAGUUGAAUCAUGUCCCAGCUUUUUGAAAUAAUUAUUGAACCUAGCAAGGAUGAUUUGAAGAGGGAUGCAUUUCUAUAAGCAUCAAAUUUUACUAGCUAUUAAAUCUUCAGCCAUAUCUAAAAACCUUACAAGACUAGGUCUCCCCUUUAAUUAACAAUGCUACUGUUUUUUAGGUAAAUAAACUACUGGAAUGAAUGUAGCUGAGUAUUUUUAUACUCUUGAUAAAUUCCUCACUUUUGAUGCCUUUUUAUGAAGCGUAUUUAUAUGUCACUUAGUGUAGAUUUGUACAAGUAUAUCUUACUCGGAUUUCUAACGCUUUUUACUUUGAUGAUAGAUUUUUCAUUAAAAGGUUAAGUUUUUCUUCUUCUAAAGUGGUAUUAAUGGAAUCGCAUAUUAAAUUUUUUUAAAAACCAUAUCGUUGGAUUUUUUUGCAAAGAACAUGAUAUCUUGGUAGGAACAUUAUGGAAAUAUACAAGUGAGGAAUGAUUUUUAAAAUGUUCUUUCCUUCCUGGAUUUUCAAUAUAAUUUUUUUUUUUAUGAAGGAGAAGAAAUAACUACUCUAAUUAUUUGUUUUGCACCUAAACAUCCCUAUUCCCAUACCUAUCUAUAUUCAUUUUCACUGUUUUAAUGCAUGACUUUUCUAAAAUCAAAGAAUUUUUUUUUUUUUUUUUUGUUUCAUAUCCUUUAAAAAGAACAAAGUUAAAUCACAUAUCAUUCUAAUCAUGAAUUAACUUCAUUAAAGAGUUUGCUGUGUUUUUGUAUAUUUUAGGGAAAAAGUUAUGUUUGAAGAAUAAACUUGGUCACUGGAAAAUUCUCUAAAUGCUCAUACCAUUUAUGCAUAAAAAUUUAAAUUUAUUACAACUCUUUGAUGAAAGUAUUUAUUUAAAAAAAAAAAAAAAAAAGCGCUUCGUUUUAUUGGAAGCUCAAAUAUUUGGUUAAAGUGUUAUUUUUCGAAUUCUCUUUUCUUCUAAUUUUGAACAUUUAAAGCUUCCCCAGUCUGAUAUGCAGUAACUUAAAAAGGGAUUUUUUUUUCCCCUCCCCUUCUCUGAAAAGGGUCUGCAGGAUAACAUAGGUUGUGUUUAGAAAAAGUAGUAUAUUAAAAUAAUUCAGUAUUUAUUCUGAGUAAAAAAAAAAAAAAAAAACUGUUAUCUUUUCGAACUUUUUUAUGCAUGAGACUACCCAAAUAAAUGUAUUCUUUUAAAUGUUCUUCAAUAUAUUAUCUUAAAAAGCAAUUACAUAGGAUAUCUUCAUUGCAGAAUGUGUAUUCACGGCUGUAUUGAAAGAUUAGCUUUAAAAUAAAAUUUCAGUGAAGUUCGAUUUAUUUAUUAGUUGAAUAAUGACUUAAUAUCAUAAGGCUUUUGCAGUAAUUUCUUAAAUUUUGCAAAAAUUAUAUCUUUUAAAGUUUUAUCAUUUAAAACUUUAUAAAUUGUAAUCGAAUUAUGAUUGAUAAUUUAGUUUAAUUUCAAUUCUCUUUAGUUAUUGCAUGAACUUAUUAUCAUGACAUCCAUUUUUUCUUUAAUAGGAUAUGGGUUCUUUUGUAUUUUAUAAUGAAAUCAGUUUUCUAAAAAAAUCAAUAAAUUUGAAGAGCCUUUAAGGAAUAUGUCUGAUGACUAUACAGAAAAAUUUAAUUCUAAAACUUACCUCGCCUUUUUGCAUUUUCAUAGUUCUUUUAUACAAGCGAAAUAAAUUAUUUCAAAUGUUUGACUUAAAUUCAAACCUAAAUAGAUGUUUUGUCACACAAAGUGCCAUAGCCUAACGGCAAAUCAGUGAUUUUAAUAAUGUAAAUUUUCAAGGAAACCAGGCAAUUUUUUUAUACCAUGUGUUUAUUCAAUUCCUUAGAAAUAUGGCUGCUGAGGCUAUUUAAAAUAGAUAGCAAUAUGGUAGAAUUAUUCUAAAUGCUCGUUUUUUUGUAAGUAUGAAAGUGUAAAUUCAUUACAUGUAAUUUUUUGAUAAAAAAAUUUUUGAGAUGUCAAUCUAUACAAUUAAAUGCUACGAGUUGCUCUUAAGUCUAUUGACACAUCUAUCGGCUGUAAAAUGUUCAAAAGUGGCUGUGCAUAAAGGAAUGUAAUUGGAUACUUGUUAAUAAAGCAAUUAUUUAGUUUUUGUAAUAAA